AUGUUUUUCUUCCUGUGCUUCUUCGUAUUCCCUCUCACAUCGGCCAUUCAGAAAACAAGGAAUUCCAUGUUUGGGCAUUCUCUCCUUGCAUCUCCCUACGACGAGACGAGUGUUAGGACACUUUGGGAAUGCUACAAACUCUGCUAUGACGACAAAGAAAACUGCGCCAGCAUCAACUAUGACAUGAAAAAAGAGAGAUGCAAGCGUAUGAAGGUUUCACACGUAAAUCUGCCUCGCGAACUCGUGAAAAUGAAAAACUCAGUUUACGCAGAUAUAAGAGAAGGUUGUGCUAGCAAACCCCACCCCCUGGGGAUGGAAGAUGGCCGCAUUCAAGACACAAGUAUCACGGCUUCGUCAACUUAUUCCUCUCCUGGGCACAACCCUCACCACGCACGCCUAAAUAACCAGCCAGUGAAAGAAGAACACAUAGGCGCAUGGGGAGCGGCAGACUUACAAACAAAAGGCGAGUAUCUGCAGGUGGACCUUGGCCGAGUCACGUGGAUUACCCAUGUAGCAACGCAGGGGCGCCCGAUAGAACAUGCCCAAUGGGUGACUGAGUACAGUGUGGAGUACAGUCUGACGGGAGAACAGUGGCAGAGUUACCUAGACGGGAAUGGUGUGGUUAUGGUUUUUCCUGGCAACUUUGAUCAGACCACUGUGGUAAAGAACGAGCUCUUUCCUGUCAUCAAAACGCGCUACGUAAGGAUUGUAGUUCAGGCUUCGAAUGGAAAUGUCGUCAUGAGAGCUGAAUUGUACGGAUUGGAGUGCAGUUUCACUUAGAGAUGGCGUGCAGUUUCAUGCAGUUUUAUUUAAUAAGCUGUGCAGUUUCACUUAUUGCAGUCUUAGUUGCUUAAAUGAAUAUUUGCACUUGUUAACAUAAUACUUUAGAGUUUCCAAUAUAGAGAAUGAAGACACUACCGAUAACAGAUAGAAUAGCAGCUAUCGUUAUCCAGAAACUAGUACUUUACUACAAAUUUUCAUCUUUUAUAAAACUCUCUGUCUUGAAAAAGUCCUAUCAAAUACAAAUAUUUGGCUGGAGAACCAGUUUUGGGGGCUCUUGGAGGGCAUUGUUCUCUAUACAGCGGACAUUUUUUAAAUACUUGAUUCCAUUGGUGCUACGUAGCCUGUCUCAGAUCCUAUAAUAAUCUUUCAAAAAGUACAAGGGGCUCCUUUGAUUGUAUCACAGAUAAUUGGCCUCUCUGUUUGGUUACAGCAUGAUCUGGGCUAUCCAUCUGCAUCUGGUUGUAUCCAAUUUGCAUGGCCUCCGUGUCUGGGUGUAUCCCAUUUGCAUUGUCUCCCUGUCUGCGUGUAUGUCAUCUGCAUGGUCCCCGUCUCUAGGUGUAUUCCAUCAGCAUGGUCUUCCUGUCUGGGUUUAUCCCAUCUGCAUGGUCUCCCUGUCUGGGUGGAUCCCAUCUGUAUGGUAUCCCUGUCUGGGUGUAUCUCAUCUGCAUAAUCUUCUUGUCUGGGUGUAUCUUAUCUGCAUGGUCUCUCUGUCUGGCUGUGUUCAAUCUGCAUGGCCUUCCCUGUCUGGGUAUAUUCCAUCUGAAUGGUGUCCCUGUCUGGGUGUAUUCCAUCAGCAUAGUCUUCCUGUCUGUGUGUAUCCCAACUGCAUGGCCUGCCUGUCUGGGUGGAUCCCAUCUGUAUUGUCUCUUGGUCUGGGUAUAUCCCAUCUGCAUGGCCUCCCUGUCUGGGUGGAUCCCAUCUGCAUGGUCUCCCUGUCUGGAUGUAACCUAUCCACGUGGUCUCCCUAUCUGGGUAUAUCCCAUGUGCUUGGUCUCCCUGUCUGGGUGUAUCCUAUUUGCAUGGUCUUCCUGUCUGGGUGUAUCCUAUUUGCAUGGUCUUCCUGUCUGGGUGUAUUUCAUCAGUAAAGUCUCCCUGUCUUGGUAUAUCCUAUCUGCAUGGUUACCCUGUCUGGGUAUAUCUCGUCUGCAUGGUCUCUCUGUCUGGGUGUAUACCAUCUGCAUGGUCUCUCUGUCUGGGUGUAUCCCAUCUAAAUGGUCUCCCUGUCUGGGUGUAUACCAUCUGCAUGGUUUCCCUGUCUGGGUGUAUCCCAUCUGCAUGGUUUCUCUGUCUGGGUGUAUGCCAUCUUCAUUGCCUCCCUGUCUGGGUGUAUCCCAUCUGCAUGGUCUCCAUGUCUGGGUGUAUCCCAUUUGCAUGGUCUCCCUGUCUGGGUGUAUCCCAUCUGCAUGGUCUCCCUGUCUGGGUGUACACUACCUGCAUGGUCUCCUUGUUUGGGUGUAUCCCAUCUGCAUGGUCUCCCUGUCUGGGUGUAUACUAUCUGCAUGGUCUCCUUGUCUGGGUGUAUCCCAUCUGCAUGGUCUCCCUGUCUGGGUGUAUCCCAUCUGCAUGGUCUCCCUGUCUCGGUGUAUGCCAUCUGCAUGGUUUUAACAGUGAGAGAGAGAGAGAUGCCUUUUUUAAUGAGGGAUUCACUUAAUAUCACAAUGAUAAUGUACGCAUGGCCCUCAACAGAAACAAAAUUAAUAAAAGCUAUUUACAAAUCUG